AUGGCAAACGAGGAGGCCGCAGACGGAGAAAUUAUGAUGAAAUACACUGAUCUUUGUCUUUGGAUUGCUGCCAAUAGCGCCUUUGGAACGGUGCCAAAUUUCUCACAGCUAAGCCCUUAUAUUGUAUCUGCCCUGACCCACCUGCUAGCGACCCCGGCUGGUGCUUUGGCGGCACAAGGUUUUUUCCUACUGCUUAUUUUAUGGAAACUAUGCAACGUUGAUGGGAUCGCCCACAUUUUCCUCAAGAGGAAGCCACCAGUCCACGUUGACCCUGUCGACUUGAAUCCGCCUCAGGAAACUCCGUCAGGAAGGCCAACGCCGGAGAUGGCUGCGGCUAGAAGUAGACAGCUUGAAAAGUCUUUGAUGGCUGCCAUCAAGUCUGCUGAAGCUAAAGUUCGGGAUGCAACGGACGCCAAAGUGAUGACUAUCAAUGCUAUCAACGAUCAUGCUCAUCUAGUCAAAGCAACUGUGGACGAUCCACAGAAAGCUGAUUGGGAGAAGGUGACGUCUGCUCUUCAACAUGCUGAGUCUCUAGCUCACAAAGAUAGUGUGGCCGAAGCUGAUGGAAGAAACUAUAUUGAUAACUUAAAAAAGGUCAUCAGUCAAGGUAAAAGUGAUCCAUCUACGGCUAACAAUGCUCUCCUUAUAAAUGCGAUGGAAACUGCAAAUAAAUUAUCUCACCAGUUGGACGAGCUGAAUGGUCUCGUAUCCAAGGCACGCCAAGAAUCAACCAUUUUGAACCAGUAUAAGGACCUGAUUGAGCGAAGUCGUCAGCAGUUUGCUCUAGAAAUGCGAAGUAUUCUUCCUAACGUUGAUGUGAAUGCGAAGGAUAAAAAUCUGACCGAAGAUGAACUGAACGCACUCAUCGCCCACGCUCAUCUGAAAGUUGAUCAUUUGAGAAGGCAACUUUCGGAUCAACAAGCGCGAGAGGAGCAGCAUAUUGCUUGCGCCAUUGCAGAACAACGUGAAGCUGAUGAACGUAUAGCUGCGGAACGACUUAGAAUAGAAUUGAAACGAAUACAGCAGCAACAGGACGUUGCCAUCGAAAAAGCGAUUUCGAAAAACCGCUCAACUUGGGAAACUGAGAUGGAGGAGCAGCUGAAAAGGACUGCAGCUGCACAUUCCGAGCAUCUUGAGCAGGUCAUACGCACUCAACGACAACUAUUCGAAAUUGAGCACAAUCAAAAGUUAGAGGAGGCCGUCAAGUUAGAGCGUAAUCUUCACAGUCGACAAGUUGGUGCUGCUUUAAGCCGUUUGGAAGGCAUUGAGUCAGCGCUCAGUAGCAGAGUUGCUUUGGACUCGGAAAAUCGUCGUGCAAAGCAAUUCUGGAUUGCUUGCCAUAAUUUGAUUGAAACCAUCAAGCAUGGCAACAAAGCUGGUGAGGAUAUGGAGCAACGACGACAUCCUUUGCAAGAGUCGUUGUCGCUUUUGAAGCAGUGCGAAUGCAAGGACGCUUUCGUUGACGCGCUUAUUGAUGCGUUCCCAGAAGAAUCGAAAACGAAAGGUGUUUAUACCGAGCAGGAUUUGAAAAAUCGGUUUAAGAAGAUUUACAAACUUGGUCGACGUACAGCUGGAAUCGAUGACAAUGGAGGUACACUAACAGCUUAUAUAUGGUCUUACCUGCGGUCAAUGCUGUCAUUCGAUGUGCCGCGGAAGUUUGCUGAAGAUGAUAUGAUCGAUUUGGCGCAUGUUGAUAAUCUGGAGGUUCUUGCCCGCGCUAAAUGGUAUGUGGACCACAACGAUUUUGAUGGAGCGGUCCGCAUUUCGCAGCUGCUGCGCGGCGAAGCGGCGCUGUCCGUUCGUGACUGGCUUGCCGAUGCCCGUGCUUACUUGGAGACUAGACUGCUCGCUCAGCUUCUUGUUGCGCAUGCUGCCGUAUCAUCCAUCAGAUCUACGUAUUAGUGACACGUAGGAUUUGGCGGAUAGUUGUAGAAGUUUUGACCAUACUGCCACGGUGACUUUUGAAGCCAUCUAGUUGGUUAGAUAGGCCCCAUGUUUUAAAAGAUUGAAUAUUACUUUACUGUUUUUUUAGCUGUGUAUAAUAGGUGAAUGAAAUUUUUCCCUGCAUUUGAAUAGAGUUUUCGUAAGUCUUGUCAUCUGCACUCAUAUAUAGGAAGAUUUCUUACCAGUCUUCCCCUGUCACAGAACGAGAUGUUGUUUAUAAAAAAAUAAAUAUCUACAGGUUUGAAUA